GGGCCCGGGGGGGGGGGGGGAGGGGGGGGGGGGGGGCCGGGGGGGGGGGGGGGGCGGCCAGCCUGCGGCGGGAGGCUCGGCUCUACGCCCGCCUGCGACACCCCAACGUGGUGGCGCUGCGAGCCGUGUGCCUGGAGCCCCCCCACCUGUGCCUGGUGAUGGAGUUUGCGGCGGGGGGGCCGCUCUCCAGGGCGCUGGCCGGUCGCAGGGUCCCCCCCGCCGUCCUGCUGGACUGGGCUCGCCAGGUGGCCAGGGGGAUGCGGUACCUGCACUCCGGGACCCCCGUGCCCCUCAUCCACCGAGACCUCAAGUCCAGCAAUGUGCUGCUGGCACAGCCCGUGGUGGGGGAUGACGUGAGCGGCAAAACGCUGAAAAUCACCGAUUUCGGGCUGGCCCGCGAGUGGCAGCGAACCACCAAGAUGAGCGCGGCCGGCACCUACGCCUGGAUGGCCCCCGAGGUGAUCCGGGCAUCCACCUUCUCCAAGGGCAGCGACGUCUGGAGUUACGGGGUGCUGCUGUGGGAGCUGCUGACCGGCGAGGUGCCGUACCGGGGCAUCGACGGGCUGGCCGUGGCCUACGGCGUGGCCGUGAACAAACUGACCCUGCCCAUCCCGUCCACCUGCCCCCCGCCCUUCGCCCAGCUCAUGGCAGCCUGCUGGGAGCAGGACCCCCACCGGCGGCCGGGCUUCGGGACCAUCCUGCGGCGCCUGGGGGGGCUGGAGCCGGGGGGGCUGGGGCCCCCCGAGUCCUUCCACUCCCUGCAGGAGUCCUGGCGCCGCGAGAUCCAGGGGCUCUUCGACGAGCUGAGGGCGCGGGAGAAGGUGGGGACCCCCUCCCCAAAUUCCUGGGACACCCCUCUGAGCACCUGGGACCCCUCCCCAACACGUGGGGGUGUGUGUGUGUGCGCCCUUUGGGGAUUUCGGGGGGGUUUUGGGGGCUCUGCUGAGCGCGGGGCUCCCCCCUCCCCAGAUUUCAAGCACCGCCUGACUGUCCAGGCGUCACCCGGGGGGGACCCCCGGAGCCACGACCCCGAGGAUGGGCCGGGGGAAUCGCCCCCCUUCCCCCGCCUGCGCGCCAUCCAGCUGGAGCCCGAGGAAGAGGAGGAGCCGCCGCGGGGCCGCGGGGCGCGGGGCAGCGCCCCCAAUGGCAGGCGGCGCCUGCGCCCGGACGAGACCACCUGGUACCUGGACACGGAGGAGCUGAGUCCGGGGGACGCGGCCCCCAACGGCGAGGCCGGGCCCCCGGAGGCUGAGGAGGGUCGGGGGUCUCGGGGAGGGACCCCCCGGCUGCUGCGGCGGGCGCUGCUGAAGGGCUCGGCCCUGCUGGCGUCGCUGGGGCUGGGCCGUGAGCUGGCGCCCCCCGAAUCCCCCCGAAGUUCGCUCCCCCCAUCCCAGCGCCAUCCCAGGCGGCCGCGGGACCGCGCGAGCCCCGCCGGGAUCCCCCCGCCCCCGCCGCCCGGGACACCCCCCCGAGGGCAGCCCGUGUCCGCCGAGGGGACCCCGGAGCCCGCGACACCCCUGGGGGGGGACCCCAGCACCCGCCAGGGGGGGCUCCGCCUUCCGGGACACCCCCCCGAGGGAACCCCAGGGCCGGCGAGGGGACCCCGCAGCCCGGAGACCCCCAAAAGGAGACCCUCGGCCUCCGGGCUGGGCGUCACUCGUGGGGGGGGGAGCGACUUGAGAGGGGACAGACAGCCGGGACCCCCCCCCACUCACUGA